ACUAAUUAUAUGAUAUUUAGAUUCCUGUUGCUAAGAAGACUGAAAUUUCCAAGAGGACCGGGGCUAAAAAGAAAAAUCCUUCCAAGUAUAGAGCGUGCCUCCAUACAUAUUUAGAAACGACAGAUAUUUCGGAUGGAUGUGUUCGUUUAAUACCUAUGGAUGGAGCUAUUUUUGGUUUUGAGUAUGCCGAGCCAUUGGGUAAAGAGGAUUUUGAUCAAAUUUUGUAUCAUACGCAAUUAAGCGUUGGUGUUAUCAACACAUACAUGAGGUAUUUAUAUGACAAAUUGAUGGGUCCGCGUGGGUUGGAGCAAAGAUUCUCAUUCUUAAAUCCCAUGAAAACGAACUUAACCGAAAUGAUAAGAAAACCAGAUGAAGUCAGGACGUAUGUAGUCGAGCGCUUUAUGGCCGACACAGAUAGAGAAAAGUUGUUCUUUUUACCGUUUAAUACCGGCGACGGUGGACAUUGGUUGUUGGUCGCGAUAAAUCCUUUUAAAGAAAUUGUGUAUUAUUUGGAUUCUUUACACAAGGAUUGGACAACAUACCCUGCUAUGAAGACGAUAGUUGACACCAUUAUACAAACUGUUCGAGCACAAAGAAAAAUUCAAGUACCAAAGAGAAAAGCCAAUAACAUUACAUGGAAUAGAGUGGAGUGUCCUCGACAGCGUAAUAAUAUAGAUUGUGGAUAUUACACGUUGAGGUUUAUGAAAGAAACUCUUCUUAUGGAUCGAACAGAUAUUCCAUCUGAUUACUUUGAUGAAUAUAGAUGUGCUUAUUACUCAAAAGAUCAGUUGGAUGAAAUUAAAGAGGAAUUGUGUCAAUUCAUUAUCGAGCUACAGGUUUUGUGAGGUUAUAUAGCAUAUUUAGAAGAUAGAACUAGAAUGUGUUGAAAUACAUUUUGAUUAGCAUUUUUGGAGGUUAUUAGAAAUGUGUAGAUUUUUUGUAAAGGCAAACAUUUUCAAGUAUAUAUAUAAAUACUCAAAA